AUGAAGGCGUUCCUCAGUCUGUUAGCCGGCUUGACGACAUGCAUUAUCGCGGAGAAUUGCGAUCCCAUCGCCUACGAGCAGUCCAAUCCAUACGGCUUGUCAGAGACGAAGGAUCCCGAAGUCAUGAAGAAGCUGAACAAGUAUCUAGAGGACAUGGCCGCUAUUCGAUCAGCAAAGGCGUACAAGUACGCCCAUGAAGCGCAAGACGCUGCGCAAGAAUGGGCCGACUUCUUCCUCAGUGGUGCGGACUUUGCGGGACAAGCAGGUUGUAGCCCGCUGGUACCAAGCAGGGACGACUUGAUCAAGAAGGCCUUUACUCCUCUGAGCUCCACCGGUAGAAACGACUGUUCCGUUCAAGACUUCUUCAACCUUCGCAACGUCUUCUCUUACCGCGUCUACGAUCUCCUCGCCGACAUCUUCCACAACUCCGCCUGCCACGUCAACAACGCUUAUCUGGCAGCGCUAGACAAAGAUGAAGUCGUAGAUGAAGCCAGCCUUCUUUCACGAAGCUAUCCAAUCGAUCUUAGGUAUGCUGGCCUCGAGAAGCGUGCGAAACCCAAGGAAGGAAGCGCUUGCGAUUACCCACUAGAAAGUUUCCGUUACCCGAGUAGUGGGGAGUGGGAAGCUGACAAGCCCAAAAAACACGGGUUCAACAAACGCGAUUCAUGCGACGACUACAGUAUGGAUAAGCCAGAUGAGGGUGCCGGUAUCCAAUAUGAUACCGAGCACGUUCUAGAAUGGCAAACGGUUGUCCAGUUCUUUAAUACGAUGGGUAAAGAGAUCAUGACCAAGUUCAAGAAUCCAGAUCCUCAGCAAAAUAACAUGGUCGGCUUUUCAAGUGUAUACCCGUGGAAACAAGAUGGUGACCAAAUGUGGCUUGAUGAGAUGCCACUCUUGGAAAGUGGAAUCAACGCAAGAUACAAGGGACGGCUGUUCAUACAGACAUUGAAGAAAUCUGGCGAAAACGAAGAUAUCGUUGCCGAGAAAAAAAUGAAAGCGCUGAUCAAGGGGCGUGACAAAAAGCUCAAACUGAGUGUGAGCGACCAAUCACGCAGGGCGAUCCAGAAGAUGCGGCCGAUGAUCGGAGCUCUCAAGUACAUGCAACAAGACAGCAUCGCAGAAAUAUUCGCAAACCAGAAAAACAGGAUCGGAGCGAUGAUCGGAUACAUUGACCGAGAGCUACAGAAAACGCCCCGACGAUUUGCGGAUGCGACGAAGCCCAAAAGUCAAGAAUACGUGAUCGACGCGCUUCCGUGGCAAGAGCAAGGACUUGAGAAGAAAUGGGACGCGUACAUGGACAAUGUGUUUGCGGUGGCAAAGCAGAGAGCGACAGAUUUCAUGACAGUCAAUCUCGACCGUCUGAAAGACGAAUGGGAGUCCUCGAAGAAGACCGAAGUGCCGAAGAACUUCAAGGGUGAUGCUCAGGCGAAACAGAACGAGAAAAAGAAGCUGGAACAGACACAGAAAGAUAUGCUGGCUCUCAUCAAGAAGACACAAGAUGAAUGGGACAAGGUCAAAGACUGGGCAAUGCCGUGGAAAUCAAAGGAUGAGAAAGAAAUGGAUGAUGAUGGCGCCGAUCAAUGA